AUGUACCAUUCGGUUACGUUUGUGUGUUCGACAACUAACGUCAAAGAAUUUGAGGAUUUUAAAAAUGAACAUAACAUCAUGUCUAAAAAAUUAAAUACCGUAGCUUUUACACGAUUUCUUUCAAUUUGUGAUAAUAUAAAAAGUGUAUGCAGUCAGUUUAAAAACAUUUGUUUAUUUGUUAAACACAAAGAAUGUGAUUUUAAAGAUUAUUUAAAAAGAAAUUGCAAAUAUUCUACAAUUGCUGAUAUAAAUAAUUUUAACAUUUGUGAUGAUAAAAUCGAAAACAAAUUUCAUGCUCUAUAUGAUAUACUUAAAUUGUUGAAGGAUUUAAAUGAUUCCUUCCAAAGCAUAGAUUGCACAUUGCCUGUAUUUUGGUCAAGAGCUACAAAUUUUAAAGAAAUGUUGAAAAUUUUAGUAAAAAGAUUGGAUGAUAACGAUGAACACAAGUUGGAUGCAUUUCAUAGUUUUUCAAAAGAUGAUCACAAAAAUUAUGAAUUUCUUCGUGAA